AUGGACGCUCUCAGUUUCCCCUCAAUUCCCGAAGAUAUUGAACGCUGUAUCAUUGAGGCUGUCGCCUUAGACUAUGUAAAGACCGCAGGCCCGGCAGAAGUGCUCAAACUGGUUUACAUCUGUAGAGCAUAUCGAGCGUGGGUGUACCCCAUAUUAUACAGAUCCAUAUAUGUGGAAGACACAGACGAAUACGAUGCUUGCCUUGCAAAGCUGCGAAACUCGCUCACACAAUCACCCCAUCUUGCUGGUCUUGUUAGGCAUCUUACUUUCCCGAACCUCACAUCCAUAUCUGAGUAUGUGAUGGCUAUCGUCCCGCUCUGCAAUAACCUGGUCAGCUUGGCUUACUGGGCAUCGGGGGGCUCCAGCACGCCGUGCACAGAGCUGCCCGGUAGUUCAACGUUGGACCUGUCAAAGUGCACCUCGUUGCGCCGACUGGGCAUCGUCUUUUCAAGGGUCGUGGAAAUACCCCCCAAAGUGAUCGACCCCAACGUUCUCCCCCAACUUAUCCGUCGUCUCACCCAUCUCGACCUAGUGGGCGGCAAUAACGUCCCAUGGUACCCUCUCCUCCGCUACUUCACUUCCCUUUCACAUCUGUUUCUCGGCGUGGAGAAUUUCGACCCUCAGCUCGAACAAAUUCAGCUUUUACUCCCAGCUAUGCCUCCCGCGUUGAUCGUCUGUAUUUUGUUUAAAUUCGGACCGUCCGUGGAUGUGUCUCACACUGGCACCGUCUGUCUGGCUACUGGUGACGUUGAUCCUCGCAUAGUCAUCGGUUUCGACUCCAAGGCGCAGAAAUUGGCGGUACCUUUCAUCAAUCGCACCUUACUUCAAUUCGCCAACAGGCGUGAAUUGUUGGCCGAUUGGGCAAUUCUCGAUGACCGCCUUGAUUUUUGGGCAGAGGCAGAGGCCAUCAUACAUGCUAGGCGCAGGAAAGCACAUAUGAAGGCAUCAUGA